CCCAUUCCUUUUCGCAUUCAACUCAUAAGAGAAGAAAACCCUCUCUCUCUAAAGCGAUUUCCACCUUUCUCUCUCUAAAAAUGGGAACAGCCAUCCUCCGUUCCCACGAUUGCCUCCAAGGCCGCUUUCUCCCCAAUGAAGCCUUCGCAAUUGCCACGUCACGCGUCGCGUCGCGGAGAACCUCUAACCCUAACCACACCCUCGCCGGUUCAGCCUCCCAGACCCGCCGCCGCAGGCGGAGUCCGGUCGCUGAUCGAGAUCGCCGUAGGUCGCCGCCCAAGGCCCCUUCGCCGGCCACCCUCGUCAUGGGACAGGUUAAGAUCCUGAAGCGAGGCGAGAAACUGAGCCUGCACAAUAAUAACAAUAAUAAUAGCAUCAACGGCAAGACCGAGGUGGGCCUGGAUUUGUUAUUGGGCUCGACGGACAGAUUGGGCCCGGAUCCGUUAACCGUGCAGAAGCAGAUUAGGGUUUCGGAUUCAGCCAACGGUGUCUACGCGGGAUCAGCGUUCGUUUCGUCGCCGCAUCCGAGCUCCGUUCCGGUCCCGGGAUUUUUAGGGCGGAACGGCGCCGCCACCAGCGAUUUGCGACGGUUGUUGCGGCUCGAUUUCGAAUGAAUAGUUCGGUUUGGGUUUUCGGAUAUUACUUUGUAUUUGGAAAUGACGGUUAGGUGAUGAUGGAUGAUUGGUGCUCGCAUGGUCUCUGACGCGCUUCCUUUAUUUUUUCAAGAGGAUUGGCGCAGAGUGCGAGCGCGUGAAGGAACGUCGAAAGCAACGCGAAGGUUUAGGGGUGGAGAUUUGAUUAGAUAGGUAGUGGCACCGUUAGUUAACUCCGGUAAUGAUAGAAGGCUUGGGAUAAGGAAUAGAAUUGUUGGUUUGAUAUGUGUGGAUCUAGAGUGUGUAAUAGUUGGGGUUUCUUUAUUCAUGUGGUAGAAGAAGAAUGUUUGAUGUGAGUUGUGUGUGGUUUAGGUGGUGUUUGUGUGAUUUUCUCUUAUAAUCGUGCUCUUAUGAUGUAGUUGUUCAAAUCUAUAAGUAAUACAUCAGCAAAGUUUUUAGUAUUAGCUUUA